AUGGAAAAUCAAAGGAGCUGGUCAAUAAGCAAUGGACUUUUACCUUACGCGUUCGUAGUUCUUGGAGGUUACGCGUUAAUAAGGUGAAGACAAAUAUUUUCCACCUGUAUAUGUUCAGCUACAGGUUCAUCAACCGUUUUAUCCCCGGAGCUCACAAUCUUCCUCAGAUGGAUUUCAAAAACAAAACUGUUGUUAUCACUGGAGCCACUUCAGGUAGAGAAAUCUUCCAUUUUUUGAGUAACUUUCAUUCAUUCCCAGUCUUUUCGAACAUUCACAUUCUUGUAUUCAAGGCUUGGGCGAAAGUUUGACCAAGCAGCUGCAUCAAUUGGGUGCGAAGUUGAUCCUUCUUGGACGGUCGCAGCAAAAACUGAAAGAUUUGCGCGACUCACUCAUCGCUUCAGGCGGAAAUCCAAAUGAACCCGAAACUUGGUUGAGCAAAUUAAGGUUCAUAUAAGGCUUAUGAAUAUUUAGCGUAUAUGACUUGGAAGACCCGGAAAGUGCAGCUUCACAGAUUUCUUUUGCAACCGACGGUUUUGUCGUCGAUGUUCUGAUCAACAACGCUGGCCUUUCCGUUCGCGGCUCGACUAUCCAAACGAAACUAGCCAUUUUUAGGUUCAAAUCAAACGAGUCAUUCGUCUAGAUAAGUUUGCAGGAAACUUAUGGAUGUCAAUUUGUUCGGCCAAAUUUCACUCACCCAAGCUCUGAUGCCUCAUCUCGCCCCCGACGGGUGCAUAAUUGCUAUUUCGAGUGUUCAGGGGAAACUCUCGCUGCCCUAUAGAAGCGCUUACUCAGUUUCGAAACAUGCCUUUAAUGUCAGUUCUUUUCUGGUCAUUCGAGAAAACUUAAAUUUUGCGAACUUGAAUAACCUUUUCUUUCUCAGAAAAAAAAAAGAAAAAAAAAUUUCAGGCGUAUUUCGAUUCUUUGCGAGCGGAAUACGCCAAUCGACAUAUCUUGGUUGUUUCUCCAGGCUACAUAAGCACAGGAUUUGGUGCCAGAGCCCUGGAUGUGGAUGGAAAACCAAUCGGAGACAGUGACGAACACAGUGACGUGAGAGCUUUUAUUACAGGAAAAACAGUUUAA